AUGAGGGGAAGGAGCUAUACACCCUCGCCACCAAGAGGUUAUGGCAGACGAGGAAGGAGUCCUCCAAGAGGAGGUCGUCAUGGCAGAGGAGAUGCACCCACUAGUCUUUUAGUCCGCAAUCUUCGUCAUGAUUGCAGGCCAGAAGACUUGAAGAGGCCUUUCAGCCAAUUUGGCCCUGUCAAAGAUAUCUAUCUACCAAGGGAUUAUUACACCAAUGAGCCUAGAGGCUUUGGGUUUGUACAAUAUGUUGACCCAGCUGAUGUGGCUGAUGCUAAAUAUCAUAUGGAUGGCCAAAUUUUUCAAGGCCGGGAGCUUACUGUGGUUUUUGCAGAGGAGAAUAGGAAGAAACCAACUGAAAUGAGAGCUCGGGAACGAGGAAGUGGGCGUGUCUAUGACAGAAGGCGGUCCCCACCUCGUUACUCUCGAUCGCCCUCACCACGUUAUGGGAGGGCCCCAUCCCGUAGUCGUGAUUACUAUUCUCCCCCUCCUAAGAGAAGAUACUCGAGGUCUGUAUCCCCUCGUGGGAAAAGGAGGUCAUAUUCUCGUUCACCUGUGCGGGCAAGCCGAAGCCCUGAAAAGGAACGAAUAUCGCCCUACGGCUCAAGAAGCCCUAGUCGACGGCGUUCUCCUGUCAGGGCCCGGAGUCCAAGUCGAAGCAGAAGCAGAAGCAGAAGCAGAAGCCCAUAUGCAAAGAGUGAUAGGUCUCCAAGCCAGUGA